AUGGCGGCGAAGAAAAAGCUUGGACAAGCUGGUCAAGCGGUGUCAGAAUGCGGGCAGGAGAUCGCUUGCGGAGAAGAGGCUGGUGAGCUCCUGGACGAUGUGAAUGACAACGAGUACGUGCAAGCGGCUAAGAGAAAAAUGGGUGAAGCUGGAGAAGGCAUGAGAGAAGCAGCCGAAAGAGCGAGAGCUAAAGCUGGAGAGUUCGGAGACAAAAUCGCCAAUGGUGAUUACAAGGAAAUGGCCGAAGAAAGGCUGGGCCAAGCUGGAGAAACGGUCAGAAAUGCUGGCAGGAGAAGCUCGAGAAGAGGGCCGAACGUACCUGGAGAGGUUGGAACUGAAAACGGUAUCCAUAGCGCUGUUCUCUUAAAGGUUAGAGAGAUCGGAAACAAAAUCACUGGAACGGAUUACCAAGAGAUGGCCGAAGAAAAGGUGGGCGAAGUUGGAGAAAAAGUCAAAAGAGCUGCGGGAGGAGCUCAAGAACAGGCUGGAGAGCUCCUUGACGACGUAAAUGAUAACGAGUGCGUGAAAACGGCAAAGAGAAAAAUGAGUGAUGCCCGAGAAGGGAUAGCAGAUACCGCAGAAGCGGCAAGAGCUAAAGCUGGAGAGAUCGGAGACAAAAUCGCCAACGCAGACUACAGGGGAAUGGCCAAAGAAAAGUUGGACCAAGCUGGAAACUCCAUAAGAAAUGCCGCAGAAGGAGCUCGAGACGAGGCUGGAGAGCUCCUGGAAGAAGCGGGUGGUUACAAGGAGAUGGCCGAAGAACGGCUGAGCGAUGCUGGAAACACUGUCAAGAAUGCUGCCGGAAGAGCUAAAGAAAAACUGAGCGAUGCUGGAGACACUGUCAAGAAUACUGCCGGAAGAGCUAAAGAAAAACUGAGCGAUGCUGGAGACACUGUCAAGAAUACUGCCGGAAGAGCUAAAG